CUCGGCAGUCUCGGAUCGCGGGUCCCAGCGCUCAGUCACCAGCCGCCUCCAGGCGAGAGGCCCGGGGUUGGCCGUCCCCGCCCCCGCGCGCACGGCGCUCCACGUUCCGGGGCGGCCGCCGAGCUGCUCAGCCCUCCUGACUUCCCAACUCGGUCUCGGGCUCUCGGGGAAGCCAGUGGCCGGCCGGUUCGGGCGCGCAGGCGGCGGGCCGCGGGCACCAGUGCGCCCCGGGAGAGGGAGGUCGCCUAAGCGCUCCGCGUCCCGCGCGCUUCGGCGAUGGCUGCUCCGCUGCGGCGCCCGCUGCAUGUUCGCCCCGGCUGCCUCCUGCUCCUUCUUCCCGGGCUCCUGCUGCCUCUCGGUGGAGCCUUCAACCUAGACGUGGACAGUCCUGCCGAGUACUCUGGCCCCGAGGGAAGUUACUUCGGCUUCGCGGUGGAUUUCUUCGCGCCCAGUGCUUCUAAGAUGUUUCUUCUGGUGGGAGCUCCCAAAGCCAACACUACCCAGCCAGGGAUUGUAGAAGGAGGCCAAGUGCUCAAAUGUGACUGGUCUUAUAGCCGUCGCUGUCAGCCCAUUGAAUUUGAUUCAACAGGCAACAGAGAUUAUGCCAAAGAUGACCCAUUGGAGUUUAAAUCCCAUCAGUGGUUUGGAGCAUCUGUAAGGUCAAAACAAGAUAAAAUUUUGGCCUGUGCUCCAUUGUACCAUUGGAGGACUGAGCUGAAGCAGGAGAGAGAACCCGUUGGAACUUGCUUCCUUCAAGAUGGCACCAAGACUGUUGAGUAUGCUCCCUGCAGGUCAAAAAAUAUUGAUGCUGAUGGACAGGGAUUUUGUCAAGGAGGAUUCAGCAUUGAUUUUACUAAAGCUGACAGAGUACUUCUUGGAGGUCCUGGUAGCUUUUAUUGGCAAGGUCAGCUUAUUUCGGAUCAAGUGGCAGAAAUUGUAUCUAAAUAUGACCCAAAUGUUUACAGCAUCAAGUAUAAUAACCAAUUAGCAACUCGGACUGCACAAGCAAUUUUUGAUGACAGUUAUUUGGGUUACUCAGUGGCUGUUGGAGACUUCAAUGGUGAUGGCAUAGAUGACUUUGUUUCAGGAGUUCCAAGGGCAGCAAGGACUUUGGGAAUGGUUUAUAUUUAUGAUGGGAAGAAUAUGUCCUCCUUACACAAUUUUACUGGUGAGCAGAUGGCUGCAUAUUUUGGAUUCUCUGUAGCUGCUACUGACAUUAAUGGGGAUGAUUAUGCAGAUGUGUUCAUUGGAGCACCCCUCUUCAUGGAUCGAGGAUCUGAUGGCAAACUCCAAGAGGUGGGACAGGUCUCGGUGUCUCUGCAAAGACCUUCAGGAGACUUCCAGACUACAAAGCUCAAUGGAUUUGAGGUCUUUGCAAGGUUUGGCAGUGCCAUUGCUCCCUUGGGAGACUUGGACCAAGAUGGCUUCAAUGAUAUUGCAAUCGCAGCUCCAUAUGGUGGUGAAGAUAAAAAAGGAAUUGUUUAUAUUUUCAAUGGAAGAUCAACAGGCUUGAAUACAGUACCAUCUCAAAUCCUUGAGGGACAGUGGCCUGGUCAGAGCAUGCCACCGAGCUUCGGCUAUUCGAUGAAGGGAGCUACAGACAUAGACAAAAAUGGAUAUCCAGAUUUAAUUGUUGGAGCUUUUGGUGUUGACCGAGCAGUCUUGUACAGGGCCAGACCAGUUAUCACUGUAAAUGCUGGUCUUGAUGUGUACCCUAGCAUUUUAAAUCAAGACAAUAAAACUUGCUCACUACCUGGGACGGCUCUUAAGGUUUCCUGUUUUAAUGUCAGGUUCUGUUUAAAGGCAGAUGGCAAAGGAUCACUUCCCAGAAGACUUAACUUCCAGGUGGAGCUUCUUUUGGAUAAACUGAAGCAAAAGGGAGCAAUUCGACGAGCACUGUUUCUCCAUAACAGGUCCCCGAGUCACUCCAAGAACAUGACUAUCCCGCGGGGGGGCCUUGCACAGUGUGAGGAGCUCGUAGCAUAUCUACGGGAUGAAUCUGAAUUUAGAGACAAGCUCACUCCUAUUACGAUCUUCAUGGAGUACCGGUUGGAUUAUAGAACAGCUGUGGAUGCAACAGGCUUACAGCCCAUUCUCAACCAGUUCACUCCCGCCAACGUUAGCCGACAGGCUCAUAUUCUACUUGAUUGUGGUGAAGACAAUAUCUGCAAACCUAAACUAGAAGUCUCUGUAGAUAGUGAUCAAAAGAAGGUCUACAUUGGGGACGACAACCCUCUGACAUUGAUUGUGAAGGCUCAGAAUCAAGGAGAAGGGGCCUAUGAAGCUGAGCUCAUCGUUUCGAUCCCACCGCAGGCUGACUUCAUAGGGGUUGUCCGAAACAGUGAAGCCUUAGCAAGGCUUUCCUGUGCCUUUAAGACAGAAAACCAAACCCGCCAGGUGGUAUGUGACCUCGGAAACCCAAUGAAGGCUGGAACUCAACUCUUUGCUGGUCUUCGAUUCAGUGUGCAUCAGCAAUCCGAGAUGGAUACAUCUGUGAUGUUUGAUUUACAAAUCCAAAGCUCGAAUCUUUUUGACAAAGUCAGCCCUCUUGUAUCUUACAAAGUUGACCUUGCUGUUUUGGCUGCUGUUGAGAUUAGAGGGGUCUCAAGUCCUGAUCAUAUCUUUCUUCCAAUUCCGAAUUGGGAGUACAAGGAGAACCCUGAGACUGAAGAAGAUGUUGGGCCUGUUGUUCAGCAUAUCUAUGAGCUGAGAAACAAUGGUCCGAGUUCAUUCAGCAAGGCCAUGCUGAAUCUCCAGUGGCCAUACAAAUACAAUAAUAACACUUUGUUGUAUAUCCUUCAUUACGACAUUGAUGGGCCUAUGAACUGUACUUCAGAUAUGGAGAUCAACCCUUUGAGAAUCAAGAUCUCCUCUUUGCAAACACCUGAAAAGAAUGACUCCAUUGCUGGGCAAGGUGACCGGAACCAUAUCAUCACUAAGCGGGAUCUCGCCCUUAAUGAAGGAGAUAUUCACACUUUGGGUUGUGGAAUUGCACAGUGUUUGCAGAUCAUCUGCCAGGUUGGGCGACUGGACCGGGGGAAGAGCGCAAUUCUGUAUGUGAAGUCUCUCCUGUGGACUGAGACCUUUAUGAAUAAGGAAAACCAGAACCAUUCGUAUUCUCUGAAGUCAUCUGCUUCAUUCAGUGUCAUAGAGUUUCCUUAUAAGAAUCUUCUGAUUGAGGAUAUCUCUAACUCGACAUUGGUCACCACUAAUAUUACCUGGGGCAUCCAGCCAGCACCCAUGCCUGUUCCUGUGUGGGUGAUCAUUUUAGCAGUUCUAGCAGGAUUGUUGUUGCUGGCCAUUUUGGUAUUUGUAAUGUACAGGAUGGGCUUUUUUAAACGUGUCCGGCCACCCCAAGAAGAGCAAGAAAGGGAACAACUUCAACCACAUGAAAAUGGUGAAGGAAACUCAGAAACGUAACUGUGAUUUUUAAAUUAUGCUAUAUCAUGACUCAUGGGAGUGACCAACUUGACUAUGGAUUUGAAUUUCCUUCACGAGAAGUGACAUCUCAAGACCACUUUGCUGAUGGAACCCAUUGGCCUCAGUCUGAUUACACAAUUGAAAGCAAUAUUUGUCAGUCUUCCUUUUAUAAAUAAGUUUAGACAUACAUAAUCCCCAUGCAGUGACUUGUGUUUUGAGAUAUUUAAAUGAUGGAUUUUCAACUGAUGGUUCUUAUUCAUGUACAUAGUACCUGAGUUAACUACUUUACAUAAAAGAGUCCCUCCUACAUCUACCACUUCUAAUUUAGUAUUUUGGGUUUUGCUGUUCAUUGUUGUUAUUUUAAAGCAAUUGUAGUUUUAAAGCAAUCCACAUUUAGACCUUAACUUCUACAGUUUUGUACAGGUACUUAACUUUCUUACAUAGUACACUACAGAUGACUUUUCAAGCUAUUUAAGACUUUGUAACUACAUGAACAUGGAUUUUAAUACCAUUUAUAUGAUGACUUUUUUUUAAUGCAUGAUAACAUCAAAGUUUGUUUCUAGGGCUUAUAGCUCUGUAGUAAAAUCAUAGCUACUACGUUCAGGGUCCUGGGUUCAAUCUCCAGCAUGGGAAAAAUUGUUACCUAUAAUAAAAACGGUACAAUAUUGAAUAUGAAAUUCAGGUACAUGUUAUUAAAUUUUUAUUUAUAUUUAAUCUAUAAUCUAUUUUAUUACACUGUAACUUGUAUAGCUUAAGUUGUUCAUCAAAUUCUUUAAGCCAAUCUAUACUAAAAAUUAAUCCAGGAUCAAAAAUCCCUCUUUUGUAUAAUGGGUUAAUUUCAGCUAAUAUAAUGAUACUUACAGCCAUAUGGAAUUGGAAAUUAUUUUCAAAGUACAUUUAUUCUGUUGUUUUCAUCUGGUUAUUUACAAUAUGAUACAAAGUAUUUUAAUAAGGAUUAGCUUUGUAGUUCUCAGAUAUAUUUGCUUAUUAAUAGUUCAUUCUUAGAUUGGAACACAGAUUUUAGUUGUUCUUAAUUUAUUAUCCACCUAUAUACAUGUUUUUCCUUAUACUUCCAAAAUGGAGAGUGGGUCAAGAUCCUCUUUAUAAUGUUCAGGACCCUAGACCCAUACUUUCAUCCCAUGAGAAAUACUUGGAGUCAAAACUCAUAAGGUAGCUCGCUGGUUUGCUUCUAGCAAUAGCCUGCUGCUACUCAUGAAGAGUACCUCAGUUUAAGCAAGGUAAAGUGCUAAACCAGUCCUUAGUGCCACAAAGUAUUUAUAUAAGCAGUUCUUGUUAUUGAAAACUUGGUAAGCUUUCUUAGGUUUGUUAACAUAAAUUAUGUUUCUGGUUUUUAAUUUAAAAAACAGCAUAGGCAGUGAGUUGUAGUUUUAAAUACUUUGGUGGCAAAUCUUCUGGGAGAGGAUAUGUGAUUUAUUUGCAGUUCUCCACGUCCUAAGGAUGAUUAUCAAGUAUACCUAUUUUUAAUGCAAUUAUGCCAUGCUGUGCUCUAAGGGGUUGAGAGUUUUAAUGGCUUGCUAAUUGCUGUCCUCAUUAGGCAAUGAUAAAUAUUUCCCUUAAAUAAUUGACUAUUUUUCUAUAAUUGGAAUUUAUCUCACCAUAUCUUGUGGUAUCAUUCCCUGCAUAAAAUGACUGAGCUGAUUAGGAAAAGAUAGGCAUAAAAUGGAGUACAUUUUAGGUGAGUUAUGCAAGUUAGAAUGUAGGCAAGAUCCUGUAUUUAGCACUGGUGAACUUUAAAUUUUAUAGGGUCUUGGAGUAUUGAAGUUAUUAGUGACUUAGAAGUAUUUAACCAUAUGCAAUAAAUGUUUUUACUACCAAUAAUUUAAAUUCUUUUAAGAAAAAAAUUGACAUUUGUCCUUGGGUUAAGUGUUUCCUACCAUUAGUCACUAAUUUGAUCUGUAACAACUUUUAUCUUACCUGUUUUCCCAUGUAAUGUCCAUCAUUCCUGAAAGAGAAAUGUGUAUAUAGUUACUUUUACAGAAGAAUUGGCAUUGGUUAAUUCUAAGCCUGUCUCAAGAAAUAGUCUUCUAUUAGAUAGAUGUGAUGCUGGAAUUGAAAAUUAACACGGUGUUUUAAACUGACUUUAUGAUGUUUUAUUUUCAGCAAUAGUAUGGGUUUUCCUUCAAAAGUGAAAAUGUUUAUUGCAAUAAAAAUAUUAACUAAUUUGAAAGUCUGUUUUCUAAAGAAAGCAUUGAGAUUUUGUUUUAUCUUAGAGUAGCAUAUAUUUGACAAAAUAACAAAAAAUAGUUCUAUGAAAUCCCUGUAAAUCUCUAAAUAUUUUAAAAUACUAUUGUAUUUGUAAUUUGUUGAGAAUUAAUAUUUUUCCUAAAGUAUAAAAUUCUCAUAAUCCAGUUCAGUUUUUAAAAAUUUGAAUGAGCUACAGUAUAUCAGAUGCAUUUCACAGAGGUGAAAAACAUAGAUACUGUUGGUUUCUUAUAUAGAUAUUUAUUUCAGAGUUGAAAAAUUGACAGAUAUUUAUAUAAGAGUCAUAAAUUCUGAUAGAUUAAUUUCUUAAAUUCUGUUUAGAUUCUGAAAGGUAAAACAGUUAAGUCAAGAUGUUAUCAUCCCCAUUCUACCUGUACUUGAAACUAGUGAUUCAUAGUUAAUCCUCUUAAUACAGUAUUUAUACUUGCAUAAAGAAAAAGUUCAAGAACUAAUAAAUAAGACUUUUCUUGGUACUUUCAGAGAGCUGUGAAAGAGUUCUGAUAGUGAAUUAUGAUUCACAGAUAUAUGUGAAGAGUCAAAUAUCACAGAAUGUAUAAGUUUCUAUAUUCAGUGUACUGUGGGCCUGAUGGAGAAGAGAUUGAUCCUGGAACUCUGUUGUGUGGACAUUGCCUCAUUCAGUUUACCUAUUUGAACCCUUAGCUUGUCUAUAUAGUAAUUUCAGUAAGUUAAGAAUGAAGAGAGAAUUUGCAAAUUGAGUAUGGGAUUCAAAAAGGUAAAUGAAAUAAUACUUAGUGCUUGGGAAAGUGUUUCUUUUAACCUGGUGGUUGGCUUAUUUGAACAAUGAACCUCCAGCUGUGCAGUGUACAGUGUACACUUGGAUUUACUGUAAUUUCUUAUAUGGAAUGAAUUUCUUGAAAGAGGUACUGAAUCUUUUGAUUUCUGUUGUCAUUGUUUUCAAGUGCAAUAUAACAAUGUAACCAAACCUAGAUAAUAGCAAAAUCAUUAUUAAUUUCGUAAGUCUAAUCUAAAUAGUGAUUUAGUUGUGCUCUUAUUACCGGGAAAGAGUGAUUCUGUUGUGGUUAUGGCAGUAAAAUUACUCACUCGGAAUGGUCCAUUCUGUAUUUUAUUUCAGGAUGGACAUGAACUAUUCCUUUCAGAUUCUGAAAACUUUGAAAACUUGGAAGCUGUGUAUAUCAAAUUAAUUUACUGCCUAAGUAACAUAGAAAAUGAUUGUCUUUGUUUAGCUUCUCUUGUGAUUACCCACAUUGGGUGAGACAUAAAGUAUUCUCAACUCUGUCAUUUGCUAACUUGGUUUGAGUUAGUGAAAGCCGGUACAGUGUUCUGCCUAGUUUCCAACAUGUAACUUUUGACUGUUCAAUAAACUUGAGCUAUGGUGCCAUG